AUGAAGGAUGAUUAUCCUAUGAUGCCUAGACCUGAUGUUUCAUUGAUCCAUCAUGCACAAAAUAUGCUUUUAUACGAUGAGCUGAGUUACAACAAAGGGAACCUUGAAAUUGAGCAUGGUAGAUUGAUGUCGACAAUGACUGCGGAACAAAAGAAAGUAUACGACAUAAUCAUUAACAGAGUCAAUUCCAAGCGUCCUGGUUUUUUCUUUGUUUAUGGUUACGGCGGAACAUGCAAGACUUUCAUAUGGAGAGCUUUAGCAUCUACAUUGCGUUCAAAGGAGGACAUAGUAUUGACCGUUGCAUCUAGCGGUAUUAUAGCAUUGCUCAUACUGGGGGGAAGAACAACACACUCCAGGUUUGGUCUUCCUAUAUCCAUUGAUGAACUUUCUACAUGCGACAUAGAUCCCAAAAGUCAUUUGGAAGAGCUUAUCAUUCAAACAAAACUUAUUAUUUGGGACGAAGCAUCUAUGAUGCACAAACAUUGCUUCGAGGCUUUUGAUCGUUCUAUGAGGGAUAUUCUUAGACACCAAAAUGGUGGCAGGUUGAAUAUUCCUUUUGGUGGAAAGGUCGCUGUUCUUGGAGGGGAUUUUCGACAAGUUCUUCCUAUUAUACCGAAAGCAAACAGACAAGAAGUAUGUAAUGCAACCAUUAAUUCUUCCCAUCUAUCGCAUUUCUGUGAAGUUUGGACACUAACUACUAAUAUGAGGCUUUUGCAUGGAAGCUCACCUCAUGAGAUAUGCGAAAGAAAAGAAUUCAAUGAAUGGGUGUUGGGGAUUGGUGAUGGGAGCAUUGGGGAAGAAAAUGAUGAAUAUAUAAACAUGCAAAUUCCACACAACUUGCUUAUUCAUAGUUCCGGCGAUCAUAUUGCAUCAAUUGUUGACUGCAUAUAUCCGUCGUUGUUGGAUAACAUGCAUGAAAAUGAAUUCUUCCAAGAUAGAGCAAUACUUACACCUAAAAAUGUCUCUGUGGAUGAAAUUAAUGAUUAUAUGUUGGAUCUCAUACCUGGCGAAGAGAAAAUUUCUUUAAGUUGUGACUCUUCGCUCACAAAGCCAUCUAUGAUGAAUAGGCCGGACGACAUUCAUACACUAGAGUUCUUGAACACAAUUAAUGCUUCUCGACUUCCACGUCACAAAAUACGAUUAAAAGUUGGAGUACCCGUGAUGCUAAUGAGGAAUUUGGACCCAACUGCAGGCCUUUGUAAUGGAACUAGAUUGAUUAUUACAAAGAUGGGAAAAUAUGUGCUUGAAGGAAAAGUUAUAACAGGAAGCAAUAUUGGAGAAAAGGUCUUUAUUCCUAGACUUUCGUUGGAACCGUCUGAUACAAGAAUUCCUUUUAAAUUUCAACGUCGACAAUUCCCUAUAUCUGUUUGUUUUGCAAUGACCAUCAACAAAAGUCAGGGGCAGUCACUCAAACAGGUUGACAUUUACCUUCCACAACCAGUAUUCUCUCAUGGUCAACUCUACGUAGCCAUAUCAAGGGUUACAUCAAGGAAAUGGCUGAAUAUUUUGCUGUUGGAUGAACACGGUUGCUGCAUUGAUAAUACCAAUAAUGUUGUUUUCAAGGAGAUUUUUCGUAACGGUUAG